GAAAAUCUGCCAAAACAAAACGUCACGUCGUCAAAACUCAGCCGAGCCAAGCGACAGUUCCAGAUCCGGAGGACGACAAGACGGCUUAGGAUUGACGGCUAAUUGCUGGUAUCUACGGUGGAGGUUUUCAACACCUCGUGCAGUGCCUGUUUUCUUCUUCUGCAUCACGAUCCGUGAAGAAGUUCAAAAAAACGUAAAUCCUUGGUACAGCUUCUUCAUUGCGCAGGCGACCAACCCGGCGACCGCUGAUUUUCAUCGUAUCUAUUUUAGUAAAGCGCAGCUGUCGGUAUGGCAGAUGCACCGGAUAAACCAGUGCCGGAAGCCACCGCGGUGACCAACGAAAGCUCACCUGCUCUUGAGAUAAGGGCCUCGACGCCUGUGGAAGCCACCGCGGGGACCAGCAAAAGCUCGCCCGCUCCUGAGGUAAAGGCCCCGACGCCUGUGGAAGCCACCGCGGGGACCAGCAAAAGCUCGCCCGCUCCUGAGGUAAAGGCCCCGACGCCUGUGGAAGCCACCGCGGGGACCAGCAAAAGCUCACCCGCUCCUGAGAUAAAGGCCUCGACGCCUGUGGAAGCCGUCGCCUUCGUCAAGUCCACCUCUAACCUGUCCGAGUCCUCGGAUGAUAAGGAUACAGUCUCUAUCCCCCCGCUCUUCGAGCCCUCACCGGACUCCAAAUCCCCCCAAGGUUCUGACAAAAAUUCAAGAAGCAGCGGCGGGAUGAACCCGACCGAAACGACGGAUCUAACCGAAACCCAGGGGCUGGAAUCCGCCUCGAUGUUGAGCGAAUACUCCCUAUAUCGUGUGGUCACAGGUCUGUCGCCUGACGACAGCGGAUCCCUGGACGUAAGUUCCCGCUCACGUUUAACGAAUUCCCCGAUUUCAAAGAAAAUCCACGAUUUCGGAGACAAUACGAAGCUUGAUAAGGAGAAGCCUGAAAGCCCGGAAUCAUGCUGCGGGAUUCACUGGAGCCAUUGGUUCCCGAAUAUGUGCGGAUGCCUCCAAGGUGAAAGCAGUUCAAGCACCAAAUCCGCUGCCCCUUCGAAUUCCGAGAAGGUCGGAAGUAUACACAAUGUGUUCGAGCUUGGCUCUCUUAACACGUCUUACGAGCCCUCCACAUCUCGCUGCGAUACCGAUAGUGAGAGACUGGAGGAGUUGGUUUUUUACAACGAUGAUGGCAGCUAUCAAUCCGUUAUCAUUGAGAAGAAUCUUCGGAGUAUCGAUUUGUGUCAAAUUUUGGCAGUGAAAAAUCGCGUCGCCAAAGAUAAGUCAUGGGCGAUUGUAGAAUCCUGGCCUGAAGUUGGAUUGGAAAGAAGUCUGGAGGAUCACGAAGAUGUCCUCCGCGUUUACAGGGACAUGGAAUACUUCGCUCCGAACACCCCAAAGCGACUGGUAUUCCGACAAGAUUUCCGGAAGUACGAAUUCUUCCACGAUUCAAAGCAAUUCUUCCCCGAAGAGAUGGUUGACUACGAAAGUAGCGCAUUCUUAGGACCAUUUACGAACAAGUACGCGGUGAUGCAGAACAUGAUUACCACCGGCGAGAAGUGUCCUUCGAUAUUUAGUUCGGCCUGGAUUCGAGAUCCAAGUAAGAACGUAUGGUCCAAGAUUUACAUGGUUCUUCGCGAAACCAAGCUCUACUGCUCGCCCAAGAUACAUCUAGUCAGCCGUGUGAUACGACAAUGGCGUCAUAUAGAUUCUGCGGCAGCGACUUCCACCUCAACUCCGAAACGCACCCCGUUAUCCAGUACUGUCACAACGCCGAAACGUUCCCUCACAUCCGGUUCCAGCGGAACUCCGAAACGAUCCCUCGCAUCCAACCUGGAACAGCUCGAGGUGUUGGCCAAUCUUCCGGACUUCCACGUCUACACGACCGUGAACGCAAAGAAACAGUUUCGCGCCCCUACCCAGUGGGGCCUCGUUUUGAGACCAGUCACCAACACAAAGAGUAAAAAAAAGGCCGGGAGUGACUUCCGGUGCAUCACCUUUGACAACGAGAAGACGCGCGCCUGCUGGAUUAUAGCCAUGCGUCUCGCCAAGUGGUGUGCUGCUUUGUUGCAGUACGGCAAGCAGCUGAGGGAGAAUUACAGGGCCUUCAAAAACAAACAAUGCGAGCCGACGGUCAGUUCGGGAAAUUACAACAGCUACUCGGUGCCAAACGAAUCCGUGAGGUCCCGCGUCGCCAUGGACUUUACCGGAAGCGUCGGCAGGAUCGUCGACGAUCCGAAGGAGGCGAAGGCGAUCGCCGUAGCGGAAGGAUCAACCUGGAAACGUAGGUGGAGGCCUUCCUCCCGAGCGCCGCAUGAUCAGAACCUCGCAAAAAUUCAGGAACUCGAAGCCGGUAUUCAUGUAACCCAGCUGUGGUUCCACAGGGGCAUGAGCAGAGAUCAGGCUGCGGCUCUCGUCAACAAAUACGGCACCGUUGACGGAGUUUUCCUCGUCAGAGAUAGCAGGAGUAAUCCAGGCGCUUUUGUUUUGACCUACAAAUCUGGGGGAAAAGUUCUCCAUACUCAAAUACAACUGAUAACGGACCACCACUUGCGAGAUACUUACUGCUACUCGCUGGACAGCGGUGCUACAAAAUUCUACGACCUGCUGCAGCUGGUUGAAUUUUACCAACUGAACACCGGCUGCCUUCCAACCAGAUUGACUCACUACGUGGUCCACAGUCCGUCGAAUACGAUGAUUCAGGAGGAUACGUCGAUGACAAGUUUGUCGCCGGGCUCUUCACCGGGGCCUCGAAACUCUCCAUCCUUGACCCCGCGAACCUCGACACCCUCUAUCACGUCGGCGUAGCCGUCAAUCCUCUGAGUGUAGAUGUGUGAACAACCCGUUGCUGCGACGACGACGACGACGACAACGCCAUCAUCAUCAUCAUCAACGACAGCAGCAACAACAACAACAACAGCAACAACGACAACGACAAGAAAAUCAAGAAGAAAACCAGCAACAACAAGAACAUCAACAACAGCAACAAGAGCAUCAACAAGAAAAGCAAUAACAACAAGAACAACAACAACGACGAGGACAAGAACAAGAACAAUGACAGCUGUGAAGAAAAAUCCGACCGUUAGCAUCUCGGAGGGAAUUUAUUCCCUGUCUUUGAUGCCGAUGAGCGAAGGAAAGAAGAACUGCAGCGCUAUCAGCACCAGCGGCAAAGAUAAUAUUGUUGUUAUUGUUGUCGGUGGUGGUGAUGAUGGUGAUGAUGAAGAUGGAAAGUGUAAUCGAUGCAAUAAUAGUAAUAUUAAUAAUCAUAAUGUUAAUGAUAAUAAUCGCAACAGCAAUAAAAACAACAACAACAAGAACAACAAGACGAGCGAUAACGGCGUCGUUAUCGGUAACAACGGCAACGAUAAAAACAACCGACGCAGCGAUAAUAACGUAGGUUCGAAUCGUUACAUGAUGACAUCGGGUUGUUGGAACAUUUGCAAACGGAAUUACGUCGACGUUGAUGAUGCGUAGAUGAGAGAUGAAAGGGGAAUUAUGAAAUUUGGGAUAAAAAAAAAAACGAAAUAACAAUGGGGAAAAGGACAAUUUUCCUUUUCUUAAACAAAAUGAAAGGCUGUUAAGGAAACGUUUGAAUUGUUAUUAUUGUUAAUAGAUCGCACGUCUGAUCGACUUGAAUUAUAUCUCGCAUAGAAUUUUUUUUGUUCCGCACACGUUUCUUUUCCCUAUUACUUGAUUUUUGUUUUUUAAUUUCCUUUUUUUUUUCUAUUUCAUUUUUUUUUACCGAGGAACAAACCGAGUAUUACAAUUCUCGUGUCUAAUAUUCGUUUCAAACUGCCAAGAAUGCGAUUAGUCGAUGGAAAAAAAAAAAAAUUAUCAAAAAAAGGCUGCGAAUAAGAAUAAAAUACCUACAGAUACACUAUCCAUACUCGCUUGUUCACAGAACGUUGAAAAUUUAUUAAUUCAAUCAGUUAUUCUCUUUCAUUUCUAUCUCACUUCGCUUGAUUCACACAACGACAAAUUCGAAAGAAUGAUUUAUUUUUUUUUUUUGCUCCCUAUUUUUAAAUGGUACCUAUCGUAAAUCGAUAUUCAAAUUUCAUAUAUUUGUGUUUGUUUUAUUUAGGUUAACGUCGUUUUGAAUUUUGGUACAAUAAUCGCCUUAAAUCUUCAAUUUGGGGAAAGUGACAUUUUUUAAAAAUUAUGCCACAGUGCAGACGAAAGAAAGGCAAAAAAGAAGAAAAUAUUUAUCGCCGAGAUGUAAUUUUCUUCCCUCUCGCCUUUUCUUUUUCGUCUUCGUAUUGAUUAAACUUAGAAUAAUAAGAUAGAAUUUUUUUACGUAUUUGUUUUUAAUGGCGUGUUUUUCUUCCGAUUUAUUCUAUGUUUUUAACGACUGAUUUUACAAGUGUGAAAGUUCAUAACUCUUGAAUUAUUAUUUAAAAAAAAAAAAAAAGGAAAUAUAUGCUUAUUAGUGUGUAUGUAUGUAUGCAUGUUCGACGAAUUAUACUUUUAUCAAGGUAUAAUAACAAUGUUUCUCACGAUCAUGUUUUUCCUUUCCCUCGUAUGCGGUAUUAUUAUAAAUUGUAUGUAACUCUUGACGGACAAAGAUUAAAAAAAAAAAUAAAAAAAAACUAAAUACAAUACGAUUAUACAUACAAAAAAAGAGAAGAAAAAAAACUGACGAUUAGAUGCCUAUAACUUUAUAAAUAUCAAUUAACUUCCAUCACGUCAUAAUUGAGCGACCUUCAGUCUGAAUAAAUAUAAUAAUAAAUAUACAAAUAAUAAUAACAACAACAACAACAACAACAACAAUAAUAAUAAUAAUAACAAUAAUAAUAAUGAAUGGAUGAAUUAAUAGCAUUUAUAAUCUGCACGAUUCUAUUUUCCCGUGACGAAUGUUGUUGCUCGGUAAAAAUUAACAAUAAACGAAAAUAUGACGACCAAAUUUGAGAGGGCCGAUUAUCGCGCCCUACAGGCAAUAAAAUUCUAAGUAUCAUUGCCGAUAAUCGUUUUUAAAACCAAUUUUCUGUCUCACUAUUUAUUCUUAUUCUAUGUACGUAUUUUUAUAAACGUCGGUAGUGUAAGUUUAUUCAUUUACAAAGUUAAAACACUGUACCUCGUAAUACACCAACAAGCGGGCAGUGAAAUAAUAUUGAUUAGUAAUAAUAAUAAUAAUAAUAAUAAUAAUAAUAAGAAAACUGAAGAAUAAUAAUAAUGUUAAUUAAAAUAACAGUGACGAUAGAAAUUAUCGUUAACUUGCUACGUGCAGAUCUGUUGCGUGUUUCGUUAUUGAAAUAACAACGCGAAAUCUUGUGCACAAAGUUUUAUAUGCAUUAUCUCCUCCUUUCGUAUUUUUUUUUUUUUUUUUUAUUCGAAUCUUCUUUCUUCUCACAGAGUCGAAACACAAGCGCGUGUGUAAAAAUAAACAAAGCAAAAAAAAGAUGAAAAUUAGAAUAGCAUAAAAAUUCAAGUCAAUGACUUGUACAAACGUGUGGUGAUUAGAUUUGAAUCAUUGGCAAUCAGAGUCAAUUUGAUCUAGGAUGGAAUAGAUUUUUGUUGCUGAAAUCGGACGUAUUACGGAAACUUCAACGAUCUCAUAUCGAAAGAUUCAAAUAUUGAAGGGUCCGAUUGGUAUGUAUUUGGUAAUGACGAGAAUCGAAACCGAAAAUCUGAUCACAUUCAUCGUCAUUUUCUCAGUUUCACAUGUGCAAUUUUCGUUUAUAUUCUCGUUAAUCUCUUAUGUUUUGAAUAAUCCCGAUUCAUCAAUGACCACCCGUAAUAAUAUUAAUAUUAACAUUAACGCGUCGCUGAGUUGAAUGAAGUAAGAAGAAUAAAUAAAAAAAUUUAAAAAAAAAAAAAAAAAUAAAAACGCGGAGCACGGAUUUCAAAUAGAGUUCGAAUCGCAGUAAAAGCGCCAGUUAUAUUGUGCAGUAAGAUAAAUACAUUAACAUCAUUACACAUAAAACCUAAGACAUAAAUUAAUAGACUGUAGAUUAAUUUUUUAAAAAAUUUUAUAAUUAUCAACGUCGUAAUUGUAUAAGUAAUGAAAAUUGAAAGGAAAAGAAAAGGGAAGAGGAACAAAAAUUCAUUCAUCAUACUACGUAGUAAAUUUUAACUAAUCAAACUAGAAUACGAUUGAGAUUGUUACAGCAUUGUGUUUUAGAUUGGUUGAAAAUAUUGAAGAAAUAAACGUUGCUAGGCUAGAUGGAUGGAGAAAGAGAAAGAGAGAGAGAGAGAGAGAGAGAGAGAGAGAGAGUAUAAAAGAGGUGUACAAAAAUAAUCAUCUCAUUACAAUUUUCUUUUCUUUCAAACAACUUCCCUAUAAAAUGAAUUUCAACGUUAGUUUUGAAAGCUUAUUUUUGUAUAGCCUUUUCCCAAACUACAUGUGCACAUGUAUAAAUAUAUAUGUAUAACAUACAUUGUAUAUGGAUAUGUGUGUAUGCAUAAGUAUACAAUAUACCCACAAAUGAUCUCACACCUUUACAGACUUUCGUUAAUUACCAUGCGAUUGAUCGAUUUGACACUAAUUAUUAUUAACUUAAAUUAUAAAUGUACAUAUAUACGUAUAUUAUAUGUGUUUAAAUGAAAUAGGAGUAAAAUAGAGAUAGCGAAAAGUAGAGCGAUAGUGCGACGAAUAAAGAGAGUAAAGAAAAAUUUAUGGCAAAACGAUAAUUAAAUAUUGCAACUUUACGAAUACUGAAUUAUAUUAAACUACGAAUUUUAAGAUUAUUAUUGAGCGAGAAAAAGAUUGAUCGACAAAGUAUAUGUAUAUAUUUACAUACAUAUACAUAUAUAUGUAUAUAUACAUAUUCUACACAUAUAGGUACAUACAUAUACAAGUAUACUAAUUAUAUCGUUGUCUGAAAAAGUGGUGGGGUGGGGGUCGGAGAGGGAGGAAAUAGGGUGGGCCCUCCUCCCCCCCCGCCACCCCCAAAUAUCACUAUAUUACUAUAAAAAAAAAAAAAAAAAAAGUGUUUUGAGUUGUGACCUUCGUAUCCAAGAAUAACAUUAGUCAACAUUACUAAUUACACUAGCUGUAGAUUUCCGUAAAAUCAAUGAUCUGUAUACUUGUAUAUAUACAUAUAUAUAUAUAUAUAUAUAUAUAUACAUAUAUUUUUUUUUCUUUUUGUUUUUUUUUUCUUACUUUCUCUUCGUAUUUCUUUUGAGCUAGUAUAUUGAGAAUUUUCAUUACUACCAACACACACCGCAUAUUAUUAUUACUAUUUUAUAAUUAUUAUAACAAUAAUUAUUAUUAAUAUUACCGUCAUUAUUAUUAUCAUUAAUACCGUCACCGAUACAGAUUACGAAUUGAAAAAAAAAAAUUUUUGCUCUCGGUAAUGAGAAGUGUGCGUGUACGCGUAUCGUACUUGUCGAAAUAAGAAAGAAUAAGAACCAGGUACGAUACGCGACUGUGCGUUGCCCGUUUUAUCGAAAGAAAUUUUAUUUCUUUUAUAAAAUAGAAAAAAAAGGAAAAAAAAGAAAAAGAAAAAAAAAAAAAACCACUACGUACACGCAUAAGAAUUUCAAUGACGAGAGGUGAAGAAAAAAGAAAACUAACACAAACGUUACACGACGUAUUAAGGUAUUGACGGGGUUUUGAUCGCGGAAGGCGGGGGGGGGGGGGGGGGGGGGGGGUCAGGAAAAAUAGAAUAAAACAGAAAAGUCGCAUACUCUGAACAUUGAUUUCGAUAACUUAAAAACAUACAGUCGCACGUACGUAUACAUGUAUAUGUAUAUAUAUAUAUAUACACAUCGUAUAUAUAUAUAUUUUUCGAUAAUUAUUUAUUUUCUAAUUAUUAUAUUAAUCCAUGUAAACCUCAGUUAUAUUUAAAUUUACAAUAUUAUUAUUAUUAUUAUUAUUAUUAUUAUUAUUAUUAUUAUUUUCACUAUUAUUCACGUAUUAAUAACUGUAGCACCACCACGUAGUAUAAAGAUAUUUUCAUUGUUGUCUGAAAUUUAAUAGUAAGGAUGAAUCGUUGGUAAUAUUUUGGGCGUCGGGGAGUACCUCCUUUUACCCCGCCACUCCUCGACUCUUAAAUAUUACUAAAGAUAUCUUCGAUCGGAAAAAAUUUGUGAAAAAACGAAGAAACAAAAAAAAAAAAAAAAACAAAUUGACACAGUAAACUUAGGGAUAAAAAAAUUAGACAAAGAACGACAAGAAACGCGCAACCGGGAAAGAAAAUUUUUACACAGACGUGUACGCACUUUGUAUUCGGUUCUUCUGUGUAAUUGUAUUAACGCUUUUUAUCGAGAAAUGGUAAAUAACGAAAAUCUUUCUUUCGUGAAUUGUAAUAAUGUGACGUGAAAAUUAAUAAUGGUUACCCAUUUUUUAGAAUUGAAAUUAUCCCGUAACAAAAAAAGAUAGCGGAUGAAACAGUAAGUUAAAAAAAAAAAAAAAAAAAACGGCAAUCCUGUAUCGAUCUCCACGUCGACUAUCGGGGGACAAUGAAAAAAAUCAAAAGACAAGCGAAGUAGAAUCGUUAAGUAGAAAGUAAAAAAAGAAGAUGGAAAAAAAAAAGAUAAAAACGAGAAAAAUUUUUCCGCACAAUUCGGAAGUGCGGAAACAGAAGAAACUAUUACAAUUACGAGAAUAAGGUGAAAAAUAAUAUAGUAAAUAAAUGUAGUAUUAAGUAUUGAAUAAGGAGAAAAAAAAAAAAAAAAAAUUUGUAUUACUAUUACUGAUCUUUUUUUGUACUUCCCCAUGUUGGCAACGUGCGGUAGAGAAUAUUAAAUGGGAGCCGAUGUGAAAUAUUCGUUAUUGAUGUACAAUGGUUUUUUUUUUUCCCUUUUUUUUUUCUACCGUUCUAUUAUAACAAGAUAUCGGAUAUAUAUUAUAUAUAUAUGAUAAAUGCGAUUUCGGCCUUCGGUGCAAAUGUGACCUAUUUAGGCGAUUUUCGGUAACUUGGUAAUCAAUUUUGAACGGCGGUCAUUCAUUUUUGAUUGUUCAAGACCGAAAUACUGAAGGAAAAAAAAAAAAAAAAAACAAAAAAGAUAAAAAACCAACAACAACAAC